AUGUGCAAUGUGUCCGUGAGUGAUGACAUCAUCACAAUCCCACAGCCUGCUCUUUUAGUGCCUGCUGGACCUGGUGAUCAGUGUUGGUGUGUUUUCUCUGUGUGUGUAGGCUGGGCUGUCUGCUGUCACAGCAUUUUUUUUCUCCCCCCAUUCCAGCCUGGGAGCUGUCAGAAUGUGGAUCCAUCAUCCUCCACUCACUGCAACUGUCACCCUGCCACUGCCAGCCAUAGAUACAGUGCUUCGGUGACACUCAUUUUGUCUUUAAUUUUGGUGCUGGUGGCAUCUUAUGGC